AUGCCGUUCUCCUGUGAGCAGCGGGCGAGCUACAUCACGGAGGGAAUUCACUGCGUCAAAGCUUUCCUCCAAUGUUGCUUCUUCCAAAGAAACCAAACCUUCAUCCUGGAAGGUGGUCUGGAACGAAGCAGCGGCAUGGGAGCCACCUACGAUGUGUCAAAUCGUGAGGACAGCGAUGCUCUUCGCGGUGGGGACGGCGGUGAUUAUGAUGAUGAUGAGGAAGAGGUAGACGAAAAUGACAUCCAACUGCGUCACAAGUUCAAAGACACGUGGCUUUGGGGGGAUGUUGAGUUGCCUGCGAUAGCCGACCAUGAUGGAACAGCCACUGCACUGUUUAAUCCAGAGGCACUACCAGACACCAUUACCCAGUGGUCUGUCCUCGCUGUGAGCUCCUCAAAGAAAACUGGAGUUUGUGUGGCUGAGCCGUGGACGUUUGAUGUGAAGACUAAAUUCUUCGUGGAUCUGAAGUUGCCAUUUUCUGUCGCAAGAAACGAGCAGGUGGAAAUUAAAGCAGUGGUGUACAACUUUAUGGAUGAGGAAUUGGAUGUGACUGUGGUUUUGGAUAAGACAAUAAAUAUGUGCAGCAGGGCCUUCAAUAAAAAGUACACACAGAAGGUGAACGUGAUGUCCAUGGGAUCCACGGUCGUGCCCUUCACCAUCGUGCCUCUGAUAGCGGGAGAAUUACCAAUUGUUGUCUCAGCUUAUGUCAUGAACAUGGGCAGAGAUCGUAUCCAGAAGAAUCUUAAUGUUGUGGUCGAGGGAGUGCAGAAGACUGAGAAAAUAUCCAUCCCCUUAAACCCUGCUGGAGGUAAGCAGGUCAUUCAGACGAGUAAACCGGAGCUGAAGGGAGUGGUGCUCAAGUCUCAGCCAGUAACAAAGAUCAAGUUGACAGGAAACAUAUUGUCCGAAACCAUUGAGAACGCCAUCCAUGACGACCCUCUGAAUAGUUUGAUAAAAAUGCCCAGUGGUUGUGUAGAGCAGAACUUGGCAGCUGUCACUUUCCCUCUCAUUUCCUCUCUUUAUCUGGAUCAAACCAACGGCUGGGAAUCAGUAGGGGUGCAGCGCAAGGUGGAUGCUGACCAAUACAUAAUGACAGGAUUUGGAAAUCAGUUGGCGUUCAGACGUGCUGAUGGUUCCUACCCCCCAUACCUUGGAAUCGGCCCAAGCAUAUGGGUCACAGCGUACGUGUUGAAGAUCUUCACCAUGACGUUCUCCAUGUUCUCGAACAGAGGUCGACAAAUGGACAAAACAUACUCCGAUGAAAUCUGCCUUACACUGAAAUUCCUGGUCAAAGCUCAGUCUCUAGACGGCAGCUUCACUGAGACCUUCUUAGUAAAAAAUUCAGGCAUGUCGGGAGGCCUCCAAGGCGCUGAUUCUAAAGCUACACUAUCUGCGUUCGUCGCUAUUGCUCUGGCGGAGGUCAAAGAAGCAAACCUCGACUGUGAUCACAUGGGAAUCAUUACACAGCAAGCGUAUGACAGAGUAUUUCCAUACUUGAAAUGGGUGCCGAGCACCAGGCCAUACACCACGGCCAUCGUUUCUUACGCUCUGUCUUUGCUCCCGGGCGGAACGUACGACCCGACCAAAAGGUUGCUGAAUGCAUCUUCAGAUGGAACUUUCUGGCCUGAUGCAACCGCAAAGAUAGAGGCCACUGGGUACGCUCUUCUUGCUCUGGUGAAAAUGGGACGUCUAGCAGAAGCUAAAAAACCGUUCGAAUACCUGCGUGACCACAGAUAUAUUGGCGGUCAUUCUGGAAACACUCAGUCUACGAUGGUGGUGCUGCAGGCUCUGGCCGCGUACCUCGUGGCGCAGCCUCCUCCCGUCGACCACUUCCUGAAGGUUUCUCUCCAAAUCAUCGAUGCACAGAGGUCGAGGAGAGAGUCCCUCAGCUUCAACUCUCAGAGCAGCUACCAGAUGCGAUCAUACGAUUUGUCAAUAAAUGGAGACUUUAUGGUGGAAGCUGAGGGAAACGGCGAAGGCACAUUAGAGAUUGUGACAUUUUACAACCAGAUUCCAGAAGAAGACACCAAAAGCUGUAAAGCGUUCGACUUCCAGGUCACUAUUGAAAGGGCCGAAGACUUUGAAAAUAGGCUUCAACCUGGAAUCAUCAGUGUCUUUGAUUUCACUAUCGAGCUCAAGGCUCAGGGGGCGGAGUCUGCUUACUCUGUGGUUCUGGACAUCACUCUGCCCACCGGCUUCACGGCUCAAAUCAGCGAUCUGAAAAAUCUGUUGAAUUCUGUGGAGAAUUACAUCUCCCACUACUACUUCGACGACAAGCUGAGCGACAGGAGCUCCCUGAUCAUCCACAUGUACAAGGUUUCCAACAUUAAGUCUCAGAUGGUGACCUUCAGACUGUUGCAGCAGUUUAACGUGGGUCUUUUCCAGCCCUCGUUCGUCACGGUCUAUGAGUAUUACAAAGAAGGAGGUCAGCGCUGCACCAGACGGUACGCUCCUCCAGAACAAGUGAAGCUCACAACCAUCUGCAACGAAGGCGAAUGCGUCUGUACACAGGGGGAUUGCUUUUAUAUCAGGACAGACUCACACGUCACUGGAGACAAACCGAGAGAGACUUUUGCCUGCUCCACCCUACACCACGUUUUUAAGGUGAAAGUGAGAAACAUCACCAGAGAUUUGCAGUUCAGAUACGAGAUGGAGAUCACAAACGUCUUCAAGUUGGGUACCGAAGCAGGAGUUAUGGACUGCGAAAUCAGGUAUUUCCUCACUGAUCCGGCCUGCGGGGACAAGGUGGUGCUUCAGAAGGACUCUGAAUACCUCAUCAUGGGCCCCGAGAGAGACAAAUGGAACGCAGACCCGGCCACCAAAAAGAUCAUGUAUGUUUUGACUAAAGACACGUGGGUGGAGCGAUGGCCGACGGAGGCAGAAUGCGCUCAGCCCGAGUUCAAAGCCACCCAUGCCCUCACUGCCCCAAACAAAGAUGGCGGCAGGUUGUUCGAAGGUCCCACAGCCAAGAUGUCGGCUUCGUGCGUCUCCUCCAUGUGUGCCCGGACUAUCCGAGCGAGCAGUGGAUUCCUGCGGUUUCGGAGCAGCGCCGCGGGGGACACGGUGCGGGGACUGUCCACGGAGCGGCCGGUGACCGGCGGAGACACGGGGGCCACGGGGGCGAUGGGAGGACUGGCCCAGUCGAUCCUCCAGGAGAGACUCCAGCAGCAGAGCCAGCCGCCACCAGGGGGAGACGGUGAGCAGGAGCAGAAGGAGGAGAAGAAGCAGAAGGAGAACACGGCUUAUGCCAAGAAGAUGGUGCUGCGUCUGGCCGGACUCAUGGGCCUCGGAGGCGCCGCCGGAAUGGUCUACGUCUUUGGCUCCAACUCUGUGGACGAACAGGGAAACCAGAUCCCAGACGAGUUUGAUUCCGAGCCUCCAGUCAUUCAGCAGCUGAAGCGGACGGCGAAAUACUUCCAGGACUACAGACAGAUGAUCAUCGAGCCCACGAGCCCGAAGCUUCUCCCAGACCCUCUGAGGGAACCGUACUACCAACCUCCCUACACCCUCGUCCUGGAACUCACAGAUGUACUGCUGCAUCCGGAGUGGUCGCUGGCAACGGGAUGGAGGUUUAAGAAGCGUCCGGGAAUCGAUUACCUGUUCCAGCAGCUCGCGCCACUUUACGAAAUUGUCAUUUUCACUGCAGAGACCGGAAUGACGGCGUAUCCUCUGAUCGACAGCAUCGACCCUCAAGGCUUUGUCAUGUAUCGUCUUUUCAGAGACGCCACUCACUACAUGGAAGGACACCAUGUCAAGGACGUGUCGUGCCUGAACCGCGACACCAGUAAAGUGAUCGUGGUGGACUGUAAACGCGAGGCCUUCAGUCUGCAGCCUUUCAACGGCAUGGCCCUGAAGAAGUGGGACGGCAACUCGGACGACCGCACGCUCUACGACCUCGCCAACUUCCUCAAGACCAUCGCUCUGAGUGGAGUGGAGGACGUGAGGUCGGUGCUGGAGAACUACGCCCUGGAGGAAGACCCCAUCGAGGCCUUCAAGCAGCGACAAGCUCAACUCGCUCAGGAGGAGGAGCAGCGUCUCGCCGAAAUCUCGCAGCAGAAAAAGGCGGGUCUGUCCCUGGGCUCCAUCACGUCCCGGUUCUGGCGGUCCAAACAGCAGUGA